GUUGUAUUGUAGGGGUCUCCUUUGUGGUUUGAGAUGUCUGGUGGGUUUGCGAUUUGAGGAGCUCACGGAGAGACUUAGGAACAAAAUAAAGAAUCCAGGGGUACCGAUGCUGGAGCCAGAAUGCCUGGGCUUUCGCCGCCUCAACUUCUUCCUACCUGUCUGACCCUCGAUUUGGGGUUAAACCUGUCUGUGUCUCAUCUGGACACAGGAACUAAUUAAUACGCUAACCUGCUUCAUCGGGACCGAGGAGGAUUAGCAGGAAUUGUUACAACAGUAUCUAAUAAGCUCCAGCGAACACGCAAUAAGCACGUGUCAGUUGUGAGGAUUCUUUGGGAGCAUUUGGGGGUUUGGGAGACUUUGAAAAAUAUAAGGUUUGGGAUUAGUCUUAUGUAUUAGGGAGCUUUUAUGUUUUAGGUUGGUUUUUUUGUUGUUGUUGUUUUGUUUUGUUUUUCAGUCGAAGGGCUUGUGUGGAAUUAGGAAAUACAUAUAGAGGUUUAGAAAGUAUUUGAAGGGGAGUAUAGGAUUUCAGGAGACUCCUCUUUUUGGGGUAUCUGUGAGGUUGGGAAAUCACUGUGAAUGUCGGAGUCCUUGGUAGACAUGGGAUUUGCGAGGGGUUCCUUGAGAUUGGAGCCUUCUGUGCUGGAGGGGAUAUUUAUAGGUUUAGGAAUUUAAAUUAGGUUUGGAGAGAGUCUGGAUGUUUGGGGGAAGGCAUAUAUUCUGAAGAUAAGGGUAGGGUCUGAAUGGAGGAUUUUAGAGGGUAGCCAGUUGUAGAGUGAUCUGUAGAGCAUCUAUAGAAAAUGGCAUUUGCUAUGUUUGUGUGUCUAUUCCUGGGCAUUUGGAUGUAUUGAUGAAUGGUAGACUUCAUCCUCUAUAGGUUUUAGGGGUUGUAUGGUGAUUCUUGUUUGAAACAAAGAACUGGGAUUUCAGCAGGGGUUGUAAGUAUUUGAGGGGAAGGUGGGAUCAUGGAUUAUGAGGGGUAAGUAUUUUUAGGAUUAGGACUCUCUUUGUGACUGGUGUCUGUGGGUGUUUGGAGGCUGUCUGGAUUUUGAACGCUGUCCACAGGACCACAAAAUGAUGGAAUUUUUAGUGGCGUCUGUGGAAUUGCCUGAAUUUAGAAUUCAGGACCCCUGGAAUAGUCUGUAGUGCAGGGGUCAGCUGACUUUUUCUAUAAAGGGCCAGAUAAUGAGUAUUUUAGACUUUGCAAGGCCGUAUGUCCUCUGUUGCAACUCUUCUGCCAUUGUAGUAUGCAAGCAGCCAUAGAUAGAUGAGCAUGUUUCAGUAAAACUUUAUUUGAAGAGACAGGCAAUGGGCUGUAAUUUGCUGACCCCUGGUCUAUGGGCACGUGGGAGGUUGGAGGUUUGGGGAGGUUGGAGGUUUGGAGAGUAUUUUGGUUUCAAGAUGCCUGGAGGGAGAUGGGCCCAGGGAACGAUUGAGACCGAGGGAUGUGCUGCCUGGUGGUCCUGCAGUCCAAAGCGGUCACGUCAGACUCAGUGGCAGAAUCGUCUCCAGAGUGGCCCGCGGAGCCUCCCCUGACCAUCCCGGCAGGUCCUGAAACGCGGUGAGCCCCGGCCUGUCUGCUACCGUUUCCCAGGAUGGACCGCAGCGGCCUCCUGCCCUUCCAGCUCUGGUGCCCCCGGCCCUUUGGCACCUACUCCCAGAACCAGCCGCGCCCGCCUGCCGCGGCCCUCAAGCCAUCAUCAGCCUGCCCAGAGCCGGGCAGCGGGGCCGAGCCAGACCACGGGCCUGCCCACUCAGAGAACACCCCGCCCGCCUUGGCCACGGAGGCCCCUGCCUCCCAGCCUGCCCCGCUCCUCUCCGCAGCAGCUGCUGGCGAUGAGGGGCGAGUCCUGCUGGACACGUGGUACGUGAUCAAGCCCGGGAAUACAAAGGAGAAGGUGGCCUUCUUUGUGGCCCACCAGUGUGGUGGGGGCAGCCGGGCCAGCUCCAUGAAGGUCAAGGGGCACUGGGGCAGUGACAGCUCCAAGGCCAAGCGGAGGAGGCGCUGUCUGGAGCCUACUAAGGCUCCACCGGACCCAGGGGGCCGAGAGGGGCCCCCUGCCACUGAAGGGGCCCCAGCCUCAGCUGGCGAAGAUGUAGACCUGCUCUCUGUGGCUGAGAUGGUGGCCCUGGUGGAACAGCGGGCCGCCCUGGCCCUGCAGAACUACCCACGCCCCGGCACCCCGGCGCCUGUGGUCUUCGUGUCGGCUGAGCAGGGUGGGCCUGCCAAAGGGCUGGGGUCCGAGCGGAGGUCUGGUGGCGGGGACUGCAGCCGCGUAGCUGAGGCAGUGGCCCACUUUGAGGCCCAGCGGGACAGCCCUCCAGCCAAAGGCCUCCGCAAAGAGGAGCGGCCUGGGCCCGGCCCAGGGGAGGUGCGCAUCGCCUUUCGUAUCUCCAACGGCCGAGAGCCCCGGGCGCCCGACGGCAGCUUGCCCAACGGGAGCAGCGGCCGGCCCGGUUGUGCCUACCCUGGCAGCCCAGGCCCCGGGGCCCGAGCCAAGGACAAGAUCACCUGUGACCUGUACCAGCUCAUCAGCCCCUCUCGGGAUGCCCUGCCCAGCAACGUGGAGUUCCUUCUGGCUCGGGCGGAUGAAGCCAGCGAGGGGGAGAGCCCGGUCCCUGCCAGGCCUGAGGACACUCCCCCGGCGCCCCCUCCACCCCCUGCCCGGGACUGCGGCGCGUCAGGCUUCCACGUGGACGUGGUAGUGACGGGUGUGGUGGACGAGUGCAUCUUCUUUGGCAAGGAUGGCACCAAGAAUGUGAAAGAGGAGACGGUGUGCCUGACGGUCAGCCCCGAGGAGCCGCCCCCACCGGGCCAGCUCUUCUUCCUCCAGUCCCGGGGUCCGGACGGGCCCCCCGAGCCGCCCCCAGCCGACUCCCCCACCACCGCGCCAGGCCCGGACGACGCUGAGGGGACAGCGGACACCUCCCUGUGCCGCCUGUAUCGGCACGUGUCGCACGACUUCCUGGAGAUCCGCUUCAAGAUCCAGCGGCUGCUGGAGCCGCGGCAGUACAUGCUGCUGCUGCCCGAGCACGUACUGGUGAAGAUCUUCAGCUUCCUGCCCACGCGGGCCCUGGCGGCCCUCAAGUGCACCUGCCACCACUUCAAGGGCAUCAUUGAGGCGUUCGGUGUGCGGGCCACAGACUCGCGCUGGAGCCGCGACCCCCUGUAUCGCGAUGACCCUUGCAAGCAGUGCCGCAAGAGAUACGAGAAGGGUGACGUGUCGCUCUGCCGCUGGCACCCGAAGCCCUACCACCACGACCUGCCUUACGGACGUUCCUACUGGAUGUGCUGCCGCCGAGCGGACCGCGAGACGCCUGGCUGCCGCCUGGGUCUGCACGAUAACAACUGGGUGCUGCCCUGCAACGGGCCGGGCGGGGGCCGGGCCGGCCGGGAGGAAGGGAGGUGAAGCCGGGGGAGGGGUGGGGGGAGAGCCCACCGUGCCCACCCCUCCCCCUGCCCCCUGGGAGCCCAGGGCCAGGACUGGGUCACCCUCCAGGCGGUGUUGAUCCCCUUCCAGAACCGAGAUGGGGUUCAGGGGGAUGAUUGAGAAGGCGCUCCGAUCGACCAACCCCUAUUGGUUUUCUACUCUUCAGACCCAGGGCCCGUGGACCCCUCGAGCAGGGUGGUUUUUAUCAGCAUCUCAAUUUCUUCUCCGUUCAGCCCCAACACCCUCCUUGCCACUCUACACCCCAGGGACCCACCAGCAGGGAGCAGACGGCAGCUAAUUUUGGUACUACUUAAGGGUUCCCCCAUUCUGGCCCCCUUCUGCUGCACCCCCCGCCCCCAUCCCAUGCCAGCCAGUUCUUUGUCUCUGGAGCUGUGUUCUCCCAAGAGGCUGCAGCAUGCAAAGCCAGUAUCUCUCCUGACCUGCCACACCAGGGCUCACCUCCUCUUUAGGAAUUGGGGGCCAUCAGAUCACAGAUCAGAUGUGGCACUUUUCAUGGCAACCUGCCAUUUCUAGAUGUUUUCCCCAUUAAAACAAUAAAAAAAAAAAAAAUCACUGUUUUCUUCUUAACCUAAAGCUACCAGUCUCUUCGCUUCCCCUAAGGAGAGAAAAUAAAGCUGAAAUAUAAAAAUUCCCCAUCUCCCAUUAUUUAAACUAUUGCCAUCGCUUCUCUACCCCCCCCCCAAAAAAAAAAAAAAGCUGUGAAGCCCUUUGCCUCGCUCUUGACAGCGUGGGGGGCCGGUGGGCAGGGACUGUGGGUUUGAAUUUCCGGAUUGUUUUUCCUUCCAUUCUGGGUACUUGUUCAGGCAUUGGGGUCUCUCCAGCCCCAGCCACGUGAGUUUCUUUAGAAUCCUUUGGUCACCUGAGACCUCGAUUUUCAGGCAGUUUGGUCUGGGGUAUUCUCGUUUGUUCUGUUUGGGGUUUUUUGUGUUUUUUUUUUUUUUUUUUUUUUUUGGUUUUGAAUUUUCAUCCUUGUGGUUCUGGAAGUUUCUGGCGUGUGGCAUCUGACCAGUUUUGAAUUGGUCCUUUCUAUAAAAUCAAUAUUUAUAA